AUGAUGACCGCGACGACGUCUGCCGCCCACUCCCGGGCUCGGCUCUCUUACCUUGCGCUUUACUCCGUUCGACGUAGCUUCUCAGCUUCGGCUACGAAGUCUACGCAGUUCCAUAGAUCCGAUUUCACCAACCAGCCAUAUACGAGCAGUUAUGAGACCGGUAUACCCACACCGGGCCCAUUGGGUUCAACGCCGUCGUUCGGUGUGCCGCGAGUCACGCCCAAGGUGCUGAAGCAGCACUUGGAUAACUUCGUCGUUGGGCAGGACCGUGCUAAGAGAGUGUUAAGUGUGGCCGUCUAUAAUCACUACCAGAGGGUUCAGGAACUACAGAGGAGGCUCGAAGAACAUGAAGAGCUCCUCGCUCAGAGAGCACGAAGAGAGUCGAUGGAGAGUCAUCCGGUAGAAGGUAUAGAUGAAUUUCCAGGUCAGCAGCGGACUAUACAUCUUUCCGCCCCAAGGAGAUACUAUGAUGACAAUUUACCUUCAGAACAAGACCCUCUUGUUGACUCGUCCAUUAAUAUGCUGGAGAAAUCCAACAUACUUCUCCUAGGUCCUUCAGGUGUGGGGAAGACAUUGAUGGCAAAGACACUCGCCCGUGUCCUCUCGGUUCCUUUCAGCAUGUCGGACUGUACACCAUUCACGCAAGCUGGUUAUAUCGGGGAAGAUGCAGAUGUAUGUGUACACCGGCUCCUUGCAGCUGCAAACUACGAUGUCGAACAAGCUGAAAGAGGUAUCAUUUGCCUUGAUGAAAUUGACAAAAUUGCUACGGCAAAAGUGAGCCAUGGCAAAGAUGUAAGUGGAGAAGGAGUCCAGCAGGCACUGCUGAAAAUAAUCGAGGGUACAACUAUACAAAUCCAAGCCAAACCCGAACGAAACGCCUCGCGUCCUAGCUCUGGAGGAAACAGUUCUCCGGGUGGAUCUUCGUAUAAUCCAACGUCGAAUUCAUCUGGGAAAGCAGAAGUAUACAACAUUCGCACAGACAACAUACUUUUCAUAUUCUCUGGAGCGUUCGUUGGCUUGCAAAAAGUUAUCAUGGACAGAAUAUCCCGUGGAUCGAUUGGAUUUGGACAACCAAUACGAGCCUCGUCUUUCCACAAUGAUUCAACGCCGACAAAAAUGAACGCGCCGAUUCCUAUUCUUCCCGGCUCUCACGAGGAAGCUCUGUACAAACAAUACCUCCCUUUCUUUACACCAACACAAACGCCCACAGCACCAGAUGAAGAACCUGUAUAUUUUAAUCCUCUCGAUUUAGUUACACCCAGCGACCUCCAAGCAUACGGCUUUAUACCGGAACUAAUCGGUCGUAUCCCCAUCACGUCUGCUUUAUCCCCAUUAUCCCACUCUCUUCUACUUCGAAUUCUCACCGAACCACGCAAUUCUCUAGUAAACCAAUACACAACUCUCUUUGCACUCUCAGGAAUAGAACUACGAUUUACCACCGCCGCUCUCCACAAAGUUGCGGCUAAUGCAUUCGCCAUGUCCACUGGAGCUCGCGCCCUACGAACAGAAAUGGAAUCCAUUUUAGCUGAUGCAAUGUUCGAAGCACCAGGAUCAAGUGUGAAAUUUGUCCUAGUCACCGAAGCUGUUGCUGCACGAAAGGAGAAAGCUAUUUACCUUUCUCGUGGUCAAAGCGGGAAGUUCCACGCCUUGAUUGCCACGGAAGAGGGGGAGUGGGAGGAACGGAUGAAGCGGGAGAAAGGAGACGGAUCGAAGGGAGGUCAGCGUCAAAACCAGCCGCAUAGCUUCGAAGAAUGGAGGUCACGCUCAACUGCUGGGUCGGUUGCUGGGGGAGCCUCCUAA